GGGCCCCGGGAGCGGCGCGCCCUUGCCGGGCAGCAGCGGCUCCUCCGUCCUGCUGCAGGCCGAGGUGCUGGAUCUGGACGAGGACGAGGACGACCUGGAGGUGUUCAGUAAGGAUGCCUCACUGAUGGACAUGAACUCCUUCAGCCCUGUGAUGCCAACGUCCCCCUUAUCAAUGAUAAACCAAAUCAAGUUUGAAGAUGAGCCAGAUUUAAAGGAUCUCUUCAUUACAGUGGAUGAACCUGAAAGCCAUGUCACUACAAUUGAAACUUUCAUUACUUACCGAAUUAUUACUAAGACAUCUCGUGGGGAAUUUGACUCCAGUGAAUUUGAAGUUAGAAGACGUUAUCAAGAUUUCCUUUGGUUGAAGGGAAAACUUGAGGAAGCACACCCCACUCUGAUUAUUCCACCAUUGCCAGAAAAAUUUAUAGUGAAAGGAAUGGUGGAACGCUUUAAUGAUGACUUCAUUGAGACACGCAGAAAGGCUUUACAAAAGUUUUUGAACCGCAUUGCUGAUCAUCCAACUUUAACAUUUAAUGAAGACUUCAAAGUUUUUCUCACUGCACAAGCUUGGGAACUCUCGUCACACAAGAAGCAAGGACCUGGCUUCCUGAGCAGGAUGGGGCAGACCGUCAGAGCUGUGGCGUCCUCAGUGAGGGGAGUUAAAAACCGCCCCGAGGAGUUCAUGGAAAUGAAUCACUUUAUCGAGAUAUUUAGCCAGAAAAUAAAUUUGAUAGAUAAAAUAUCUCAGAGAAUUUACAAGGAAGAACGAGAAUAUUUUGACGAAAUGAAAGAAUAUGGCCCAGUACAUAUUUUGUGGUCCGCGUCAGAAGAGGAUCUGGUUGAUAUUCUAAAAGGUAUUGCCAACUGCAUCGACAGAUGCUGUAAGGCCACUGAAAAACGGAUGUUUGGACUCUCGGAGGUGCUGCUUCCUGUUGUACAUGAGUAUGUACUUUAUAGUGAGAUGUUAAUGGCUGUUAUGAAGAGAAGAGACCAAAUUCAAGCCGAACUGGAUUCCAAAGUUGAAGCCUUGACCUAUAAAAAGGCAGAUACUGACCUGCUUACAGAAGAAAUUGGAAAACUUGAAGAUAAAGUGGAAUGUGCUAACAAUGCUUUGAAAGCAGACUGGGAACGAUGGAAACAGAAUAUGCAAAACGAUCUGAAGUCAGCGUUUACAGAGAUGGCUGAGGAGAACGUCCACUAUUAUGAACAGUGCCUUGCCACAUGGGAGUCAUUCCUGACAUCACAGACUGACCUCCACUUGGAGGAAGCCUCUGACGAGAAGCCGUAAUUACACCGAGGACUUCUGUGUGAUCUUCGGCAGACAGAAUCUCUCAACCAAAGUUUCUUUCUGGAUCGGCCACGCCCUUUAUGAAGUGGAUGAAAAAUGUUUCACACUACCUGGAAAACCAACAACUUGAAAACUCAGGUAUUCCAGGUCGUUGUCAUGGCUUUGGAGAUAUACCUGUAUCUCGCUAUAUAGAUGCACAUCUAUAUAGAGAAAGAUUUAGCUUAGUUUUAAUUAUGUCUUUAAAUUUGUGUGCCAAUAAUUGCAUAUAGAAAUUUUUUUCUUAAAUAUUUGUCUGUGGAAGAUGACCUUUUAAAUAUGUUAUAAAGAUGCAGUUUUAAUAAAAAAUU